AUGAGACUUGAUAAUAUUAAGUCUAUUUUUUUAUUAAUAUCAGUUACCAUUGUAAUUGUUAAUGGUACCUUUAUAGUACAUGAUUUUAAUGGCAACGUUCUUAACUCAAUUGAACCAGAACUCUUAAAGCGUAUUCAUCAAGAUUUAAUAAAGAGAGAUCGUCAUCAAAAUGCAACAGAUUUAUUAUCCACGUAUAAUAUGACAAGUGGUAAUUUGUUUAGUAAUCUGUCAACAAGUCUAAUAUCACAUCAACUACAAAAGCGAUCGACCUAUACAAUAACUAUUGAUGCGCAUAUUGAAAAUAUCGGUUGGUCAAACAAUUAUCAAUUGGGACAAGUAGUCGGAACAGAAGGACGAUCAUUACGAUUGGAAGCUUAUCGUAUUAACUCAAAUCCUUACACAUCAGCAAUAUCAUACCGAUCACAUGUAGAAGAUGUUGGGUGGCUAAAUUAUGUCAAUACAAAUGAAAUUUCUGGCACGACAGGACAAUCUCGUCGUCUUGAAGCAUUACAAAUUAACAUUCAACCAAGUAUUGCUCAAAAUUUUUAUUAUCGUUGUCAUUUACAAAAUAUUGGUUGGACCGGCUGGGUAGGAAAUAAUGAAGUGUGUGGAACAACUGGUCAACAUCGACGAUUAGAAGCUUUUGUUUUAAAUAUGUUAGUUUUCUAA